GUCUUCCAGGCCCUUGCAGAGGAGACCAGUUGUGUUGGCGAGGGCUGCCUCAGCAUGUUGCAGCAGCAAGUGGUGGCCAAUCUUGAGUCGGAGGAGGCUGUUAGCAUGUUCCGGGCGGCACUGGAUGAGGGAGAUGACGUGGACAAGGACGCCUGGGGCGGUCAGAGUUCCACCUAUGGCCACUACGGAGACUUGGCAUCCGAAUGA